UGCCACAAUGAAACAUACGAUAUUUUCUAAAAUUACCCUAAAAACCCAGCCGUGGCAAAUUGAGCCGAACCGCCGUGAAAUAUUCCUAACCUAGUUAUUCCAUAAUUACUUACAUUGAACAGAGUUUACACGUGCACAAUGGUGUUGAGAUUUAACUUUUAUUGGAUAUGUUUCGCAUUCAGCAUAAGCGUACUAUUCAUUCUAGCAGUAACUCGAUAUACAGAUAACACAAAUAACCAAUCAAAUCCAGAGAGGCCUAACAAAUUGAAAAACAUGGUGGCAAUGGAAGACGAAGAGCAAUGGAACAUCCCAAACGACGGCUUGCCUAAUAUUGAUGAGAUACUGGAGGAAACUAGAGCGAACAUUGCACUAGAGUUAUCAAAUUAUAACUUCACAAACUCAACGGCAGAAAAUCUCCAGCAACUGCUGAUUGAAUCUGGGGGCCAGCCUCUUCGUAGCCUCGUUAUAUCAACAUGGAGAUCUGGCUCGACAUUCUUAGGUGAUAUUUUAAAUGCGAUGAAUGGAAAUUUCUACCACUUCGAGCCAUUUAUGAAUAUCAAAGCCUAUCAGAUCAGAGGCCCACCAGAAGCAGAACUAGCAAUAUCAACAGUGAAGGCAUUGUUCAAGUGUGAUUUCGAUACCUUUUUACAUGGAUAUUUAGAACGGUACCUUCGUAAACAGGUGACACCGUGGUACCAGUUCAAACACAAUGACAGAUUAUGGAGGCACGUUAAAUACGAUAGAGACCUGUUCUUUGAUCCUUCGUUCUUUUCUAGCUUUUGUAAGUUGUUCCCAUUCCAAAGUAUGAAACUGGUGCGGCUCCGGCUUCGAUUGGUGCAGGACGUUCUGGACGACCACGACCUUAAUGUAAAAGUGGUACUGUUGGUUCGCGACCCGCGAGCAGUCAUCCAGUCCCGGCAAGGGACAGGAGUGGAGUUCUGUAAAAACACUAGCCCAGACUGCUCUCAGCCUGAACUGCUGUGUGCCGACAUGAUAAGCGACUAUAUAGCUGCGAAAAAACUACAGCAACAAUAUCCAAAUAGGCUUAUGGUACUACGUAUGGAAGACUUGUCUUUAGAACCCAAAAGGACGACGCUCCGACUGUUCAAGUUCUUAGGGCUCGCUCUGACGCCUGAGGUUGAACAGUUUCUGGAGACCCACACGACACUCCAGGCGGGGGGAGCAUACGCCACCUUCAGAGUGUCCCGUGAUGUCCCGUUUAAGUGGAAGAAUAUUUUACAUUAUGACUAUGUUGAGGAGAUUCAGACAGCAUGCAAGCAGGCGAUGGAUCUAUGGGGAUACCGCCUGGCGGACAACGCUACACACAUGGCAAGCAAGGAGUUUUAUCCACUAGACACGUUCAACCACUCUACAAUUUUACGGAGCUAAUGAAAAUAAAAACCCCU